AUGUGGAAAUUAGUGGUUGAUGUACGGAGCUGGUUGCGUACGGCAAAAAAAUUUUUGUUUCACAAUUCGUCUGCAAACAAUCAAGAAUUGUCAUUCGAAGCUAAAUUGACCACAGAUUCGGUUGCGGACGAACAGAGAAGUGAUCGUCCAUUCACAUCACGAUUUGGCCAAACUAAUGGUGGAAGCUUAGUGGCACUCAUUAAUUCUGACGGUUUACAAGGCAACAUCGAAUUUUUCCCGGAUAAUUCCGGAUCCGGUGUUACAAUCCGAGUUUUACUUCACGGAAAUUCUUAUGGAGAAGUUUAUAAAUGGAUGAUCUAUCAAUUCCCAUUAACAGGAAGUACCCGGGAAGAUUGCAAAGAAAAAAAUAUAGGAAGAAGUAUUUAUGACUUCACUCCCAUUCAUGGACAUUUGAAAUCGGGUCAAGAUGCCAUGUUUUCAUCUAAAGUUAAACUAGAUGGUUCCGAUUCUAUAGUAGGACGAACUUUAGUAUUGAAAGGAGUCGAAAGAGGUCAAAUAGUUUGCGCUACUAUAAGACCCACAAGUAGAAUUAAGACCUACAAAGCCACUUUUUACACACCUCUCGGAGGAGAAGUUUUUGUACGACAAACUAAAUUUGGCACUUAUUUAUUUUCCAAUUUAUAUUAUGUAAAUGGAACUAGAAGGACAACCGCUCACGAAUGGUCUCUUGUAAGAACGGCAGAAACUGACAGUCUUCAAGACAGUCACCGGCACGAAAUUUCAAGAUGUUCUGGUCUUCUGUCUUCGACUUUUCUUCCAUCUUUUCCUCGAGAUACUAAUUAUUUAGCAGUUGGGCAUUCUCCUGGUGUAACAGCUGGUCUCACCUUUCAUAAUUUGGGAGAUGUUGUAACUUUAGAAUCCAUACCGGGAACCAUUUAUCUUCUUUUGUUUUCUGACAGCAAACCCGAACAAGUGAUAGCUUGUGGAAGAUUGUUACCCAUGGUUACAAAAAUAGCCAGUGCCAAAUUUAUUUCCAGCAUAUCUGGAGAAAUCAGUUUCGCACAGGAAUCGCCCAUCGAUCCAACUCUAGUGACAAUCGAUUUAGAUAAUCUUCGACAGAGGGCUUACAGUUUUGGCAUUGACGAUUUGCCAAUUAUUCAUCGUGGGAAGAAGUCGUUUUCGUGUCCAAACAUUGCAAAAGUCAUGUACAAUCCCCUGAAAGUACAACCGGAAAAUAUUCCCGAACCCGGUUCCGGUAGUAUGGAUCAAUACGCAGUUGGAGAUCUCAGUGGUAAAUAUGGCUCUUUGCAGAAUCGAAAGAAGCACUUCCUUCAAGUCUAUGACACGCAAUUGACUCUCUUCGGUAUCCAUAGCGUUAUAGGUAGAGCUUUAGUAGUCUAUUAUCCGGAUGGAAGCCCAUUAUCUUGUGCUAAUAUUGAAUUAAACGGCGAAACCGUCACUGCAUUCAGUACAUUUGUACACCCUGUACAAGGACAAGUCAUAUUUCGCCAAGCCAAAGAUAAUCCAAUGUCGGAUACUUCAGUUUACGUAGAAUUAUCUCAUUCGGCAAAUGAUGUAAAGUCAACCACGUAUAACCAUGGAUGGAACAUUGCCGAAAGAGCUGUAGAAACAGGAAACGAGUACAGUAGUACGUAUUGUGAAACUGCUGGCCCUGUUUACGAUCCAUAUUAUGUAGCUUCGGGUGGAUCAUACGCUUGCCAAUGCUCUCGAGAGAAUCCAUAUAGAUGCAAAUUAGGGGAUCUUUCUCACAAGAUAACCCGUCUUGAUGUUCCUAUUUACAAGUAUCUUGCCAACGAGAGUACAAUUGCAAGAUACUUUUUCACAACUUCCAAUGUUCCACUUUCUGGUCCAACAUCCGUAAUUGGAAAAUCACUGAUUAUAGAGGGAUCCGAUUUUGUAGAAUCGAGCAUUACCUGCGCUAAUAUUUAUGAAUAUAUAUCAAAAAGAUCAUUGUAAAUAUUGAAACCUUCGUAUUUUUCUCAAUAAUAUUCCAAAAUAUUCAAUUCUACGUCACCGUAUUGCUGUAAUUAUGAUAAUAGAUUAUAUUAAUCGUUUCAUAAUGGAUAUAUUUUAUUGAAAAAUUAGAUUUUAUUGAAGCAAUUAAUAAUAGAUUUAAUGUCUCCGUGUAUUAUUAUAUAAAUCUUAAUAUUUCUUCUAAAUUUUCAGUAAAAUAAUAUAAAUUCUGGUUAUCAAUUAGUUCAUUGAACUGAUGGACAUCAUUAAUAAUGUAAAUAAUGAUAAGUGGCAUAUAAUAUUAUAUAUUAUAUGAAGCUGUUAUUUCAAUUAGAGUAGUUUGCAAUAUUUUAAUUUUCAUUAAGAAAAAUACGCAUUAUAUAAUUACAUAAUUAUAUGUGAUUACCUUUCCUCUAUACACUAAUGCUUUGCAAUAUUAAUUUUCUUCUGUAGUAU